AUUGGGAUAGACAGCGCCCUCUUGUGACCAACACAUAGAGCACUCGUCCUUUUCGUUUCUUUGCAAUCCACCAAAAUGGGAAGUGGUAAGCCAAGAGGUCUGCGUACAGCCCGUAAAUUGCGUACCCAUCGCCGUGACCAGCGAUGGAGCGACAAAGGCUACAAGAAAGCUCACUUGGGAACAGCUCUGAAGGCUAACCCCUUCGGUGGAGCUUCCCACGCCAAGGGCAUUGUGCUUGAGAAGAUUGGUGUAGAAGCUAAGCAGCCUAACUCUGCUAUCAGGAAGUGUGUCCGUGUCCAGCUGAUCAAGAACGGCAAGAAGAUCACGGCUUUCGUCCCUCGUGACGGUUGCCUCAACUACAUUGAGGAAAACGAUGAGGUUUUGGUGGCAGGUUUCGGCCGUGCCGGUCACGCCGUGGGUGACAUCCCCGGUGUCCGCUUCAAGGUUGUGAAGGUUGCCAACGUCUCUCUGUGGGCCUUGUACAAAGAGAAAAAGGAACGACCACGAUCAUAGAAACUCUUCAACUUCAACCGUCUUGACCAAUUAAAACACAUCAAGAACUCUUUGAACUUGUUGGACUUGAAAAGGACAGUUCCUCCUCCAGCAUGUGAAAUCGCAAAGUUUAAACAUUCUUUGGAUUGUCAUUUUGGUUUAAUUGGAAAGGAUGGGAUUGGAAUUUUAGGUGCCUGAUCUUUAUCACAUGGCAGCCACCUUUGUCUUGCUUUCUGUGUGCUUUAGAUGUGAUUCUUGUGCAUAACAAAAAGGGGGCCGACAAUUUCGGUUGUUGAUCUAUGUUGAUAUGAAGUAAAGAUGGCUGCUCUUUGAUAAAGGUCUUGCUGGUUGGGUUUUUCUUGAUUUAAAGGAUUUAAAUAAAUAGACACAUGUAAAUGUCUCGGUGAAAAGAAA